AUGGCUGAAGGUUUUGAACACUAUCAUAUCCCACAACAAAGCAGAAGAGAAAAACUCCGAUUCUUAUCUCAAAACCAAGCAUCUUUCAUUGAAUCUCCAACUACCCUUAACCCUAGUUCUACACCUUUACCUUCUCUCUACGACCCUUCAUUCAUUUCAUCAGAUUUCUCACCUUCCACCAACCAAACAAUUGAGGCUAUCACCAUCAGCACUAACCCUUUUCUUUAUCCAACAUACAACGAUGGUGGCAACACUAACAGUGAAGUCAUGUUGCUGAAAUCUGAACCUCUAUCUUUAUCUUUAUCAUCGCAGCAGAAUAACCAGGCUCACAUGAAUGUUCAUCAUCCUUUAGAGGCUAAUCUUCAGAGAUAUGGGUCUGUUGUUUUUAAUGGUAGUGGUGAAGUUAGGAACACGGUUCCGUUGGGACCGUUUACUGGUUAUGCAUCGGUUUUGAAGGGAUCGAGGUUUUUGAAACCUGCACAGCAAUUAUUGGAUGAGAUAUGUGAUGUUGGAGCUCGUGUUGAGAAGAUUGUUCCUGCUGCUGAUUCUUCGUUGAUGGAAAAUCCUAUUCAGGAGAGGAAUGGAAUUGUUGAUGAUGAUGAUAUUGAGGGUAGGAAGAACAAGUCUAGACUAAUCAACGUGCUAGAUGAGAUUUGCAGGAGAUACAGACAGUACUAUCAACAGAUUCAUGCAGUAAUAACUUCAUUUGAAUAUGUUGCUGGCCUCGGCAAUGCUGCUCCAUACGCAAGUUUGGCUAUAAAUGCCAUGUCCAAACAUUUUAGAGGCUUGAAGAAUGUGAUUACUAACCAGCUUCAGUAUAUCGGUGAGUCGAAUUUUCGGAUAAACAAUUCAAAAGACGAAUCUCCAAGGUUUUACAACAGCGGCAGAAGCCCUUACAGUCGAAGGCCGGAGUUUCUCGAACACGUCCAACAACCCGUUUGGCGGCCACAGAGAGGACUCCCUGAGCGCGCUGUGAGUGUUCUCAGGGCAUGGUUGUUUGAACACUUUCUCCACCCUUAUCCUACUGAUACCGACAAGCUAAUGUUGGCUAAACAAACUGGUCUAUCUCGCAACCAGGUCUCUAAUUGGUUUAUAAAUGCAAGAGUAAGGCUUUGGAAACCAAUGGUGGAGGAAAUACACAUGCUGGAAUCACAACAAUCUCAAAAGGAACCAUCACAAAGAGAAGAACAUAGCAGGAAAAAUUUGAGCGGUAGCAACAUUGCCGAGCAUCAAUCUACCUCCACAAAAAAUUGCCACGACGUGUCUUAUAAACGAACUAGAGACGAGCUUGACAAUAUGCUGGUGAUGAAUCAGAGUAUUGCAAGCAAUCAACAAGUCGGUAGUGUUGGAGUGAGCUUGAUGAAUAACGGUGCAACAAGCAAUGGUGUCUCUCUCACACUUGGCCUACACCAAAACCAUGGAAUUGGGUUGUCCGAGCCCUUCGACAUGAGUGCUGCUCAACGUUUUGGUCUUGCAGUUCAACCCGAAAGCUACGUUGCGAGUGGCUUUCAGUUGCAGAAUAGACAGUUUGGGAGGGAUUUUAUUACAGGGCAACUUUUGCAUGACUUUGUAGGAUGA